CUUAGUGUAGGUAGGUACAUAUAGUCACUCUAUUAUCCCCUCAUACGAGGCCCAAACAAGAGCAACUACCUGGGUUGCUACCUUUUCAUGUCUAAAAUACAUAGGUAUUCAAUCUCCUAAUAUAAGGUUACAUAUAAAGGAAAGAACAAUGACGUUUCUCCUCUGUAACUCUACAAACUCGUGUCAUCUAUUCACUUCUGCCCACUACACCAAGAACAAGGCCCUCGCCUUUUGCUCAUCAAUUUACCUCUAUCAAGCAAAUACCCAAGAAAGACAUGUAUACUACACAUGCAUACCACUGCAGGGCCAUUUCUCAGCGAAUAUACGAUAAAACGUGAAGAAUGACCCUUGAAUUCCCUUCUAUCUAUUUGCUGCCUACCCAUAUUCAACCUGAUGAGCUGCCAAACUUAGAGGCGGAAAUACCGUCGCUGACCCAUGAUAUCAAUGAAGCGAGCGUUGUACUCGGCAAAAUAUCCAAUAAGGAAAGGGCGACAUUUGAGCUAAGACGCAGGAAAAUUAUAACUGAGGAUAUCGGUCCAAUACCCGCCUCCGUCCUCAGCCCAAAAACGCAAGUAGAUGGAUCGUCUCCACCAACGAAGCGUAGGAGGCUUGAGAGUUCAGUCCCCAAUUCGAUAACACCCGAAUCUAAAACGGCAACCCCCCUCGACGGGGAUGAGACUUCCGAUGAUAGUACAGGCUCUCAUGGUUCGACCGGUAGACGACACCAAAGAUCCAACAGCACAAUUAAGAAAGACGAUAGAUCCACCAUCAAAGUGGUAAAGCUUGCCUGGUUCACUGACUGUACGGCUGCAGGAUUAAUUCUCCCCUUAGACAGAUAUCUGGUAUACCAUGGUCGUAGAACACAAAAAUCCGUCAACAAACCCACGCCAAAUCCCGACGAUAUCCUUAGACGUGCUAAACAAGAAGGCGGCGACGAACAAGUAACUCCGAAAGGGGGGGUUUCACAAGCGUACACAUCCGCAUCGCAGCAUCCUAGGACACCGAUCCACCCAAAACGACCUGCGUUGGUUCAAGAGUCAACAUCCGAACAUGAGCGUCGCUCACAAAUGCCCCCAAUCCCAGACUACUUGCAUACUACCUACUCUUGCCAGCGUCCAACUCCCUUUAAUCCACCUAAUAAUCCUUUCAUCGAGGAGUUGAAGAAAAUCCGGACACUGAGAACCCUCGAAGGCGAUAAAAUAGGUGUGAGAGCCUAUUCCACAAGCAUCGCCUCAAUAGCAGCUUACCCCUAUCUCAUUUCGCAACCAGCUGAGGUUUCAAGGUUGCCUGGGUGUGGCGACAAAAUAGUCGUACUUUAUCAGCAAUGGAAAGUAAACGGUUAUCUAGACGAGGUUGAGGAUGCCAAAAAGGACCCGAAAAUGUCAGUUCUGCAACUCUUCUACGACAUAUGGGGUGUAGCCGAGACAACUGCUCGUGAAUUCUAUAAGAAAGGAUGGCGAGAUCUCGACGACAUCAUUGAGAACGAGUGGAGUAAUUUGAGCAGGGUCCAGCAGAUAGGCGUAAAGUACUACGACGAGCUCCAGGAAAAGAUCCCUCGUUAUGAAGUUGAAGAUAUUGGACAAGUUAUCCUGAGCCACGCCAAUAAGAUCCGUAAAGAUUUCCGGAUGACUAUCGUCGGAGGUUACAGGAGAGGAAAAGAGGCAAGCGGCGACGUUGAUGUUAUUCUUAGCCACCCAGACGCAACCGUUACUUCUAAUUUCAUUGUGGAAAUUGUUAAUAGCCUUGAAAAGGACGAGUAUAUCACUCACACACUUAUUCUGAGCACUAAGAAUACUGAGCGUGGGCAAACUACGGUCGCAUGGAAGGGACAAAAUAGCAAAGCGGGCAGCGGGUUUGACACGUUGGAUAAGGCGCUCGUGGUGUGGCAGAAUCCUAACCGGGAUAAAACGAAAUCAACAAAUAAUCCUCAUCCUCACCGAAGAGUCGACAUAAUUAUUAGCCCCUGGAAAACGGUCGGAUCUGCGGUCAUCGCAUGGAGUGGCGGCACAACGUUCCAAAGAGACCUCAGGAAAUAUUGCAAAUAUGAAAAGGGGUUGAAAUUUGACAGUAGUGGGGUUCGAAGUCGAACAGAUGGUAGCUGGAUGGAUCUUGAGAGUAAUGAUAAUGGUUCAGCGCCAAAUAUGUUGGUGGCAGAGAGAAGGGUCUUUGAGAAACUAGGGCUGGAGUGGCGACCACCGGAAGAAAGAUGUACUGGUUGAUCACAUUCUAUAUACACCUUGCUCUAUUGUAGUGUGCUAGCUCGAGACCAAGCGAGUGGCUCGACUGUUUAAUUGAGAUACGAGCCCACGAUAUUAAGCAAAUCGUAAUACUGUCAGAUUGUUACAUGUGAAUUAUGUAUAAUCCUAGAAAACCAGAUAUUCAACUUCCC